AUAUAAUAUUGACAUGUAUUUAAUUCAACAAGGAAAGCGAACAUUAUAAUAACAAAACAAACAACACUUCACUACUUGGCAAAUACUAAACACGUGCAUUCAUUAUCUAAUGACACAAAAGGCUGCAAUGUAUUGUUAAAUACAAAGGGUAACAACAUUAUCAAUAAAGCGUUCAUAAUUAUCAUUAGUAAGUAGCGUACGAUUAUUUGUAAAACAAAUCUUGCUAUCAAAGGGAGAACUAUAAUUAUCUCCGACUUUGAGGUAAUUGAUAUCGAACUAGCUAAUCAGUCAAUAAUGUGCCAGCACACAAUGCAACACUCAAAAGAGUAGUGAUAGAUAAUAAGCAGUUGGCGAAACACGAUGGCGGAAGAAAAGAAUAAAUCUACAGAAAAAUUAGAAGAUGAUCCAUUACGCGAGCCACAAAAUGAACAGUUCAAAGACAAAACAUUCCAAGAAAAGCUUGCAUAUAUCAAAGACAACAUAACCGUUGAACCUAUGCUAGCAGGACUUAUUAUACCAAGCGUGAUCUCCAGGUUUGCAAUGGGAAAUUUUAAUUUAGACAAAGCUUGCAGAGUCAAUAAAGGGUUCGGUGACGAAAUCUGUGACGCUUUGGUAAAGAAAACCAGCAAUAACUACACAUUUUACGAACAAGAAGUUCAGAAACUGAUCUCGUCUAUCGACAUUUGGAGAGGACUGGUGCAAACAGCGAUUCCGUGUAUGAUCAUAAUAUUUUUAGGAGCGUGGAGUGACAGAACAGGAAAACGGAAAAUAUGUAUAUUGCUUCCCAUUCUCGGAGAAAUACUGACGUCUAUCAGCAACCUGAUCAAUGUAUACUUCUUCUACGAAAUCCCGGUUGAAAUUACUGUUUUGAUGGAGACUAUAUUCCCAGCAUUUACCGGCAGUUGGGUGACUAUGUUUCUUGGCGUAUUCAGUUAUAUCAGUGAUAUCACUUCAGUGGAAACGAGGACUUUUCGAGUGGGUCUUGUUAACUUCUGUAUGACAGCUGGUCUCCCUCUUGGGAUCGGUAUAAGUGGAUAUCUAUUGAAGAAUAUGGGAUACUACGGUAUUUUCAGUGUGACUUUGGUGGCGUUCAUUGUAAUUCUUGCAUACGGAUGUUUUUGCUUAAAAGAGCCGGAAGAGUGGUUACGAGACAAAGGCCUUCCUGUGAUUGAACGAGAAAAGCAAGAAAACGUGUCCUUCUUCGAUGUAACGCAUGUUUCUGACACAGUGGUUGUGGCCUAUCGGCAACGCGAAGGCAACGGAAGAACGAAAGUACUACUCACUUUGUUCUGCGUAUUCAUACUUUACGGACCUAGCAUGUCGGAACACUCAGUAUUUUACCUGUACCUGAGAAACCAACUCAACUGGGACAUGGUGAAAUACGGGGUCUUUACCAGUUACUCCAUCGUAUUACAUUCUAUUGGUGCAAUGUUCACAAUAACAGUACUCAGCAGGAAGCUUCAGGUCGAAGACUCGUUGCUGUGCACCAUCUCCAUCACGAGCAAGUUCGUCGGCUCCAUUUGGAUUGCUUUCGUGACUACAGAUAUUGAGAUGUAUCUGGUUCCUGUCGUCGAGUUUUUUAAUGCGAGUACCUUCACAUCGCUGCGGUCAAUUAUUUCAAAAUUGGUUGAAAAGGAUGAGACAGCGAAAGUAAACUCGCUGUUCUCCCUCACGGAGACAGUAGCCGCGCUAGUGUUCCAUCCGCUCUACACGUGGAUCUACAUGCGGACUCUGAACGUGUUCCCAGGAACCGUCUUCAUCAUGAGUGCUGCGUUCAUUAUACCAGCUGUUAUUGUGCUGCUAAUGUUCUAUGUCAAGAUAAAGAUGGAAUCUAAGAGUGCAAGAAAAAUUGCUUUCGAAUCACAAGAGAAAAGAGAUGCUGAAGAGAAAAAAACAGAGCCUCUGGACUUCUUGAGGCCCAAUAUAGAACCAAUUGAAAAUGCAGAAGUUAUAAAGUAACUACUUUGGGUUUAACUCGCACAUUUUAAGAAGUGAUUGGGCAAAAUAUGGACAGUUUUGUUUGAAUAGAUUGAUUUUAAACAUGUUAAUAGAGAUGCAAAUGUUACUGUCAAGAACAGUUAAAAUGUUAACAUGAACGUUAAAACUGCAGAUACUGUUAAUAUAUGGCAUAUAGGUAGCAGUAUGUUCAGUUUAGUGCUUGAUCAACUUUUUUUAUUAAGUAUAAGAUAUUGUUUUCAGUUUAAAUCAAUAUUAUAUAAGAAUUUGUUUGUUAUUAUAAACUGUAAUAGAUGUCAUAUAAUAAAGAAAAACUGACGAAGCCCUCCAGUGGUGAAGGCCGGAUUCGAACCGGCGUCUUUAGCUAUCGCGGCUAACGCCAUGAACCCCUAGGCCACCCCGCCUGUUUGUUGUUGUUGUUUGUUUGUUGUUUUUUCACGACUGGUCUGGCCUAGGGUCACUACCCUGCCUGUUAAGCCGAUGGUCCUGGGUUCGAAUCCCGGUAAGGGCAUUUAUUUGUGUGAUGAGCACAGAUAUUUGUUCCUGAGUCUUGGAUGUUUUCUAUGGUUUUGUAUAUUAUAUAUAUCGUUGUCUGAGUACCCACAACACAGCCUUCUUGAGCUUACCAUGGGACUUAGUCAAUCUGUGUAAGAAUGUCCUAUAAUAUUUAUUUAUUUAUUUGUACAAAACAUUUCAUGCUGUACCAUUGUUAAUCAUAGCAUCUGCUAUAGUCUGCUGUCAAAACUAUUUACCAAUAUUUAAAAUAUUAAGGGACCUAUGAACGAAUUGAAACAAGAAAUCAUUGCCACAUGAGAAGCAAUUAAUCAAUUACCUGUAGCCAUGGUGAUUUAAACAACAAUAGCUUAACCCUUUGGCUUUAUUAGUACAGGAAGCUUCGAGUAACGUAAAAUACCUUUGUUACCAUAGAAAUAAUGGAUGUGUGCCGAUAUAAAAUAUGGCCAAUUUGGCUAUUUGGCAAAAAAUCAUAUUUAUUUAGGUAUUGUAAGAAUAAGAAUGUGAGAAUAGUAUUAUGUAAGAAUAUUUUUUUCACCACACCAGCUGAUAAAGGCUCUCUUGAUUGUCCGAAAACUGAUGAGAUAGUUGCAUUUUAUCCACAUGUGUGGCAAAGUAAUCAAAUGCACAUUUUGAUUUGUUUCAUUAUGUUGGCUGAUAGAUUUGAUUUUUAAAUGAUGAUUGUCCUUGCGUAGCAUCGGUGUGGUGAAAAAAAUUUUGUGUUUCACUCGGUGGCAAAAUUUUGUUUAACCCUCGUGCCUUGACCCUCACAACGCUCAAGAUUCCACUUUUCUAACCACUCGCUACGCUCGUGGUUUAAUUUUACAAUCUUUCGCUUGCUCGGGUAUCAAAUCAAUAUUAUCACAAGAGGUUAAACAACAACUUUGCCGCCUUGUAAAACAAAACUAUUAAAUAAUUCAUUUUUAAUCUCGACCUGAAUGUAAAGUAGAAGAAUUGGCUUCAAUUAUUUCGAAGACUGAUAUUGAGAGUAUUCAAAAGUAUUUUUGUAGUUUUUUUCUUGGUUUUGAAUAGAUCAUUAGAAUAUGGAUUUCAACCGUCUCACUUUUGUGGCCGAAUUAACUAUUAAUUUUGUUGGGUUUUUAGUACCCUAUACUUCUGCCAGAGAACCCAAAUUGUCAGCAAAACUUACUGCGUUUUUUAAUAAUUACAAAAUGGUUUUCACAAAAGUGAGGUGGUUAAAAUUAAGCAAAAAUGUUCCUAUUACGAGUAUGAUCAUGUUUUCAAAAUUUGUCACACAAAAUGUGCGUUAUUAUGUUAUUGUCAUAAGUUAUAAAUUAAACGUUUGAGAAACCUUUUUC